AUGGACAGUGUUUUAGUUAUGUCAAUGAGCGUUGCAAGCGAUGAUGUGAGGACGGUAUUGCAAUCCAUUAGUUUCAAUGGUCAAGACUCUGAACCUGCCAAAAUGGAACCUUUUGGUUCUGGAAAGAUGACCUUUGAUAGUUCUGUCAGUUCUAAAGGGAUGGAAUCGGAGACCAUGAUUUCAUCUGGGACUCCUUCAGAUAUGGAAAACAAUGUGGUUGUUAGAUCUACCAGCAACCACAUGAGUAGAGAAAUUGGCGGUCAAUCGCCAACAACAGAUAGCACGCCCGAGAAAAAACCCCAAAUGGCAUCAUUUGAGCCUGGUCACCAAAGGUCUCGAGCUGCAGUAAAGUUGCAGAAGGUGUACAAAAGUUUCCGAACCAGAAGACAGUUGGCAGACUGUGCUGUUUUAGUUGAGCAGAGAUGGUGGAAGUUAUUAGAUUUUGCUGAACUCAAGCGGAGUUCUAUAUCGUUCUUUGACAUCGAGAAACCCGAAACUGCUGUUUCACGUUGGUCAAGAGCCAGAACCAGAGCAGCCAAAGUGGGCAAAGGUUUAUCCAAGGAUGAGAAGGCUCGGAAACUUGCUUUGCAGCAUUGGCUUGAGGCUAUUGACCCUCGACAUCGCUAUGGUCACAAUCUUCAUUUUUAUUAUGCUAAGUGGCUCCAUUGCGAGAGUAAACAGCCAUUCUUCUACUGGCUCGACAUAGGAGAAGGUAAAGAAGUCAGUCUUGACAAAUGCCCUAGAUCAAAGCUUCAACAACAAUGCAUCAAGUAUCUUGGCCCGACAGAAAGGGAGGCUUAUGAAGUUGGGGUGGACGAUGGGAAGUUCUUCUACAAGCAGACAGGGAAGCUUGUUGAUACAACGGAAGGAGAUGCUAAGUGGAUCUUUGUCCUUAGCACCUCCAAGACCUUGUACGUUGGGCAGAAGAGCAAAGGCACGUUUCAACAUUCAAGUUUCUUGGCUGGAGGAGCCACUUUAUCUGCUGGUAGAUUAGUAGUGGAAAGUGGUAUUCUAAAGGCGGUUUGGCCUCACAGUGGUCAUUAUCUCCCAACCCAGGAAAAUUUUGAAGCAUUCAUGUCUUUUCUUAAGGAAUACAGUGUGGAUCUCAAUGUUGUCCAGAAAUACCCAACCGAUGAGGAGGAAGAAGCCCCAAGCAAGACGAUAAGCAGUGUUUUCCUAAUGAAGAAAAGCUUUUCAGAACCAGCUUUUACCCAAAUGACUGAAGAAACCAGUGUGGACGAACGCUUGGCGCCAGAGAAUAAUACUGAUUCAAGUAAUCAAAACUCUCAUGAUGCAGAGAAUCCGAAUCCACCCUUGUCAAGAUAUUCUCGAAAAUUGCACCCAACGUUAACUACACUUAAAAUACCGACAAGGGAGGAUGUGUUUGAGAUGUUCAAGGAAGAAGAAGUACAGCCAAGUUACAGCUUUAAGCGUGCAGUAUCUCCAUUAGAUGGAUAUGAAACAGCUGAAGAAUUCUUAUCAGAUGACGAUGAGUUCGUAGUUUCAAAACAGAACUUGUUUAACGAAGAACACGAAGAAGAAUAUGAAGAACCCAUCCCGAAAGAAAAAAUUCUUCAGAGGAUAAACUCACAUAAAGGAAUGAAAUCAUACCAGUUGGCUCAGCAGUUAUCUUGCAGAUGGACUACAGGAGCUGGACCGCGGAUUGGGUGCAUGAGGGACUACCCUUCACAGCUUCAAUUUCGGGUCUUAGAGGAAGUGAAGUUCCCUCCUAGAGCUAGAAGUGCUUAUUCCUCUCCCCAGAAAUCAGCCCAUCCCAGUCCUACGUUUCCAAGUCCUACCAAUUCAUGUAGAGAAACAAUUGCAUGCAGAAGUCCACUUUCUUCGGAGCAAGCCAUGUUUUCUCAGGUAGCAACACCAUAA